AUGGGAUUUACUCAUGUUGAAAUGUAUGGAAUACUUGAUCAUGCUCGUAAAUGGGAACGUGGUUAUCAGAUAGCUAAUUAUUUUGCUCCUUACCGUGAUAGUGGUACAUGUGAUGAUUUAAAAUAUUUAGUAGAUCUUUUACAUCAAAAUGGAAUUGGUGUAAUUCUUGAUUGGAUUCCAACACAUUAUCAUCAUGAUCAUCAAUCUCAUUACUUUUCUGUUUCAUUACAUGAAUAUGAUGGAACAAAUUUACAUGCAAGUUGUCCAUCACGAUGGGGAACACUUUAUUUUGAUUUUAAUAAAGAAGAAACACGUCGAGUUUUAUUUGCUAGUGCUCUUUAUUAUAUUGAUCGACUUCAUAUUGAUGGAAUUCGUUUUGAUGCUGUUAGUCAAAUGAUUCGACGUAAUCGACAAGAUAUACCAAGUGCUAUUUCAUUUUUACGUGAACUCAAUCAAACAAUUCAUAGACAUUACCCUGGUGUUUUAUGUAUUGCAGAAGAAACUGAAGGUUAUCCAAAUCUUAAUAGAAAUAUGAAUUUCGAUUUAAAAUGGAAUAUUGGUUGGAGUAAUGAUGCAAGAAAUUUACUUCGAACACCUUAUGCUGAAAGACCACAACAUUGGAAACAAAAAGUACUUGAUGUAUUACAUUGGGCUCGAUGGAGUGAUGAUAAAAUGAUUCUUACAUUAAGUCAUGAUGAUACAGAUUCUGGAGCACAUAAUAGUAAUUGUAUUUUAUUGAAUUUAGUUUCACAUGCUCGAAAUGAUAUGGAUAAAUUCUCGGAUUUGAGAAAUUUUUUUGCAUGGCAAAUAUGUGUACCAAGUCGUGGUCAUCUAAUUCAUAUGGGUGAUGAAAUUGCUCAACCAAUAUCUUGGUAUCAAAGAUUCUGUCGAGAGUUAUCAAGUAUGGAUUGGUCAUUGGAUAAUUCUUCGACAUUACAUGGUCAAAUUCAACAAUGUGUUCGAGAUUUAAAUCAUCUUUAUAUAAAUCAUCCACAAUUUUGGCAAUAUGGAGAACAAGAUUUUUCAAUGAUUUAUGAAUAUGGUCCAAAUUUAAUUGUAGCCUAUCAUCGUGGUAUUCAUAAUAAUAGACGUAUAGCCAUUAUUCAUAAUUUUUCAAAUCGAGGAUAUAAAUCUUAUGACGUACCUCUACCAGGAUCGGAUCCUAAUGUAGCUCGUAUUCGACAUGCAAUAGAAAUUUUUAACACAGAUUAUCCUCAAUAUGGUGGUUCAGGUUUAUUUCAAAAUCAACAGAAUGAAAUAGUGCAUAAUCAUUCAAAUGGUAAACUAUUUAAACUUUCGAUUCCUCCUCUUGCAACAGUUGUAUUAGAAGAAAAUUUGGCUUAA